AGCGCAGGGCGCCACGGUUUCCUGACGGAAGUUUGCGGUUGCGUAGCAACAGAGCAGCGCAUCAACCUGAUCCCCUUUAUUUCCUUACAGUUGACAUCAAAUUCACAGCCAGGCAGUCUGAUGAUGGAGAAUCCAGGCAGCGAGGGGGAAGGAGAGGAGAUGGAGCAGGCUAUUGGCCAGGACCCCAGCAACGUACCAGUUGAAACGGAUGCAUUAGGUGAUAGUUCCGAUGGAGAACAGACUGAACCUGGGCCAGACGAGAGGCCUGGCAGGCCUGAGGAUGCAGUACCCCCCCUCUCAGAGCCAGACGAUGUUGAUGAAGAUCAAACGACCCCUUGGUUCCCCACAGCAGAGGGGAGCAGGGAGGAAGAGGAGGACGAGGAAGAAGAAAAGAUCAUUCUUGACCCCGACCAUCCUCUGGUCAGAGGGUUCCAGAACGCUCUGAAGAACCAGCUCACCAGGAAGCUGCAGAGACUCGAACUGGACCUGAAGGAUAAGAACGCCCAGCUGAAGGCGGAGGCCAAGGGGGUGCAGGAGCUGGGGGAGAAGGUGUACCAGGUGCAGGCGGCGCUGGCCCGGCGCCAGUCCCAGCUGGAGGACCACCACCGGACCUCCGCCCAGAUGGCCUCCGACCGCCGGGAGGCCCAGGAGAAGCUGGAGGUGGUCAAGAAGCAGUACAGCCGCACCACCAGCGAGGUGGCCCAGGAGAGGAGCCAGGUCUCCACGCUGCGGACGGAGAAGGAGAACCUCUUGCGUCGCCUCUUCUACAUGCAGGAGGUGAACACCGAGCUGGGUGCUGACAUCGAGGCCAUGAGGAACGCCACGCGCAAGGCGCAGGCCGAGAAGAGCCAGGCGGAGCUGUACAAAGUACAAGACCUGUACGUGGACCGUCUGACCAAAGACCUGGAGAGGGUGACGGAGGAGGCGGCCGUGUACGAAGCCCAGGGCGCUGCCCAGAAACGGGAGACGCAGGCGGUCAGCGAGACCCUGUCUGAGGUCCAGCUGGAGACGGAUUCCCUGGCCAUGGAGAAGAGACAGCUGCUGCAGCAGUGGGACAGCAGCCUGGUGGGCAUGCGCAGACGGGACGAGGCCUUCAGCGCCAUGCAGGACCCUGGGGCAGCAGCAGUCCCGGCCCUGGAGGGGGAGUUGGACGCGUACCGCCGGUCGAUCGUCCGGGAGCAGGAGAAGAACGAGGCGCUCACCCUGCAGCUGAAGAGGGCCCAGUUGGACGCCCUCAACUCCACCAAGCUGAUUGCCAAGAGCCGGGCCCGGCAGGAGGCGCUGCAGGCCGAGUACAGCACCUACGCCCGCACGCUGACGGAGGACGGAGCGCCGCCAUGCCUGCUGGGCGAGCAGCGGGCGGAGCUUACCGGCCUGGGGCGGGGCCUGGAGAAGGAGAGCGGCGUGCGUCUGGAGCUGGAGGAGCGCGUCGUGACCCAGAUGCAGAAGGGGCUCAUCCACGACAAGGACGCCAAGUACAGCAAGCAUCUGGCCGGCAAGAUGGCCACGCUCAAGAAGGAGCGGAUGAGCCAGCUGUGGAAGCUGGAGGCGGAGGUGGCGGCGGCGGGGCUGGCGAGCAGCGAGGCCAGCCACCGGCUGGACGCCCUGGCGGUGGAGCGGGCCUCCCUGGAGGCGGUGGUCUCCAAGCAGACCCGCGUCCUGGCCACCAGCCAGGCCAAGGUCACCAGCUGCAUGACCGUCAUCGAACGCAACCAGGCCACCGUCAACGGCUACAACAGCAAGAUCCAGAAGAUCACCGCCAGCACCGGGAGCGCGGAGCUGACUCCUCUUCAGAUGCAGGCCCAGGCCCUGGGCGGGCAGCUGGAGGAGCUGGAGGCGUCCAUCAAGAAGGAGCAGCAUCGCUGGAGCGUCCAGCAGGGGGUGCUGGUGGCUCUCACCCAGGAGCGGCAGGCCAACGGCGAGAAGACCCGCAAGCUGCUCACCCAGCACACCAUCCUGCAGCAGAGGAAGCUACGCACCCAGAGUGAGCUGCAGGCGGAGCGGCGCGAGCAGGCAGAGCUGGCUAAGGGCAUGUCCUCGAUGAGGGGGGACAUGCUGAAGCUCAGCUCCCUGAUCAGCAAGAACGACCAGCAGCAGCAGGCCCUGGAGCAGGACAACAGCCUGAUGGAGGCCGAGUUCACCCAGAAGCUCAAGGAGGCAGAGAGGGAGUCAGUGGACAUGCUGAUGAGGCUGGAGAAGAGCCAGGAGGAGAAGGAGAAGCUGAUCAACAGCCUGGUUGAGGCAGAGCGGCAGGUCAUGCUGUGGGAGAGGAAGAGCCAGCUGGCCAGGGAGACGCGCGCCGCCCUGGACUGUGACGCGGGCCAGGGGGACAUCAGGGCCAUGAAGGCCGAGAUCCACCGCAUGGAGGUGCGCUACGGCCAGCUGCAGAAGCAGCAGGAGCGUCUGCUGCGGGAGAGCGAGGCCACGGUGGAGCGGCGGGAGACCCUGCUGCUGCAGGCGGAGCGGGGGGCCGGGGGGGCCCGCGAUGGCAAGCAGACCACCACCGUCAGCCAGAUGCACCGCACCAACCAGGGCCUGCGCCGCAAGAUCCUGGACACCAACAAGAAAGCGUCAGAAAACGAGGAGGUGAUCAAGGAGAUGCAGGAGAGCCAGGUGCGUCUCGGCCUCGGCAUAUCAGAGAAGAAGCAGGAGCUGUCGGAGCUACGAGGAACCCACGCCGACAUGACCUCGGACAUCCACAACCUCCAGGACACCAAGGAGAGGAACCUGUCCCAGCUGGUCUCGCUCCAGGGCCGGGCCAAGCUGCUGCAGGCGGUGCGCGACGGCCGCUACACGCCGCUGUCCACGCCCGAGGCCGUGGACGAGGCGCUGCGGCGGCAGUGGGAGCGCGUGCACGCCGUCAGCGCCAUCCUGCACCGGGUCUGCCAGGAGUCCCCCCAGAACCAGGGGGCGCUGCGGGCCCUGACCCGCUCCCUGGCCGCCCGCGUACAGGCCUCCUCCCCGGGGCCCGACACGGCCUGAACCGGCCCCAAAGAAUAUCAUCAUCAUCAUCAUCGUCAUCAUCAUCCUCAUCCUCAUCCUCAUCCUAGUUUAUUUUUUCCAGUCCGGAAUUGUUCCUCUCCCGAGGGUGGGGGCCUGUGUGACUGGUCGUGAACGCCCUCUCCCGAGGGUGGGGGCCUGUCUGACUGGUCGUGAACGCCCUCUCCCGAGGGUGGGGGCCUGUCUGACUGGUCGUGAACGCCCUCUCCCGAGGGUGGGGGCCUGUCUGACUGGUCGUGAACGCCCUCUCCACGCCGGGCGCCUCUGUGACGUGUGUUACCUCGGUCCUAACUCGAUCCUGCCGCUCUGCCUCCUCCCACGCCUUCUUCUGCCUUUCUGGUCUCUUCUCAGCCUUCCGAUUCAGGAAGGGAAAGGUGGAGGAAAGGGGGUGGGGUUGUUUAUUGAAGAGAUUCAUACAAAGGAAUAGAAGGGUAAGAUGAGAUGAAGGGGCGAUGGCGAUGAAAGACAGGCAGAUGAGAAUGGAGGGAAGUCGAUCCGAUGGAGGAAGUGAUUAUUUUAGUAUUUAUUUUAAUCCGUUAGUAGCUGUUCUUUUUGUCAUCCAUUUGUCCGUCCUGCAAACUUCUCGCUAAUUUACCUCCUAAGUUAAUAAACUUGUUAUUUUCAUGUUAUUUAUGGAAUGAUAAUGUGGUUAUAUUCUUGUUGUGUUGCUGUUACCAGUGUGUUUUAAACAUUAAAGCGCUAAACAAACACCCA